AUGCAGAGGCGGUCUUCUGGCUCGGACGACGGUGACGAUUUGCAACCCCAAUUGCAAAAUCAUCUGCCUGUCAAUGCCGCCGCCAGCCCAAGCAACAAUAGCUCCCUCGCCCUCGCCCUCGGUUCCAGUCUCGAUGUCCCGCCCACUGCACAGGCUACCUCCGCCCAAACACACGGGAGGGCCCCGAGUCAUCAGCCGCCCAGGAACUCUGACAGCAGGCGCACCAGCUUCGACCUCCGCUCCCAUUCCGCCCGCAGCCGCCGCUCGGGCAACUUCUCUUCCUGGAAACCUGCCACUGCGCAGAACGGGGCGACCAUGGAGAAGGCCCCUCUCGCCUUGUCCGUUGAGCCUUCAGCUGUGCCAGUCAUGGCCUCGAAGAGCGACGAAGACUCAGAAGGUGUCGACAAGUCGCCAGACUCGAAGGGCCUGCGCCGUCUACGGUCUCGAAGUCCCUGGGCACUUGGUCUCCUGACCCUCCUGAUAUCGAUGACCGGUCUUGCCUUCCUCGCGACAAUACUCAACUCAAGCACGACACGAUGUCUCGACGCCAAGGGCUGCAUAAUGUCCUAUAUGCGGCCGGCCUACGUCAAACUGAGCGACUUCGACACCGAGCACACCAGAUUCGGCAGCAAGUACUCGCUCUAUUUCUACAGGGAACUCGAGGUGGACGAAGAGGUCAAGUUACGAGGCACCCCCGUCCUUUUCAUACCCGGGAACGCUGGAAGCUACAAGCAGGUGCGGCCGCUCGCCGCCGAAGCUGCCAACUACUUCCACGACACGCUCCAGCAUAACCCGGCAACCCUUCGAAGUGGCGUGCGCGAUCUCGACUUUUUCACUGUCGACUUUAACGAGGAUUUUACGGCCUUCCACGGUCAGACGAUGGUCGACCAGGCCGAGUACUUGAACGAGGCCAUCCGCUACAUAUUGUCGCUUUACCUGGAUCCGCGCAUGACAAGUCGUGAUUCGGAUUUGCCCGAUCCAACCUCGGUCAUCAUCGUGGGCCACUCAAUGGGCGGCAUUGUGGCUCGCACUAUGCUCGUAAUGCCUAAUUACCAGGCUCAUUCUAUCAACACCAUCAUAACCAUGUCCGCGCCGCAUUCGAGACCUCCCGUCUCCUUCGACAGCGAAAUUGUCAAGGUGUAUGACGAGAUCAACGACUACUGGAGGAAGGCAUACUCCCAGAAAUGGGCGAAUAACAAUCCGCUAUGGCAUGUCACUCUCAUUUCUAUCGCCGGUGGGAGCCUGGAUACUGUGGUGCCUUCAGAUUACGCCAGCCUGGAAUCCAUCGUGCCCGAUACACAUGGUUUUACUGUGUUUACCUCCACCAUUCCGACCGUGUGGACGAGUAUGGACCAUCAGGCGAUUCUCUGGUGUGACCAACAUCGCAAAGUUGUAAUCCGGGCGUUGUAUGACGUUGUUGAUGCGCAUCGCCCUUCGCAAACAAAGCCCCGGGCUCAGCGCAUGAGCGUAUUCAAGAAGCACUUCCUCACUGGCCUGGAGGAAAAUGCGGAGAAGUCCGUCUUGUUCAGGGAUCACAGCACUUUACUUACCCUGGAGGAUGAUUCGCACGAUAUCGUGCCUCAAGCAGACCGCUUGAUACUCCGAGGCUUAGGGAAUCAGGGCAGACCACAAGCGCAUCUGGUUCCGAUUCCGCCCCUUGGUUCAUCGCCGAGCCGCUUCACUCUGUUGACCGAUCAGAGGCUGGACAGCGCCGGAGAAUCGGGGAAACUGGAGGUUCUGCUCUGCAGUGUGCACACUCUGCAGCCGGGCCAAGCGGGAAUGAUGCUGCCAUGGAAGAUGGAUUUAUCAUCAGGAGAGAGCCGGAGCUCGACCAGGCUAGCCUGCAAGAACGCUGCUUCCGACGUUGUACAACUACCUGCGUCGACCAGAUUCACGCAGCAGCCAUUUCCCCCUGCCGGCUCCAGGGCGGUAACACCGUUCUCUUUCCUCCAGUAUGACCUCGACGACAUUGCAGAUCACCAGUUCGUUGCUGUUGUAGACAAGGGCAUCACUUCCUCGGGUUUUGUGCUUGCAGAGUUCAGUGAAAUCGCGGACUCUUACCGAACCCGUCACAUCAGCCUACGGCGGAUGCUCGCAUUUGGCAUGAAUUUCCGACUACCAGCUCGCAGGCCUACUGUGACAGAGAUCAAGAUACCGUCCAUCCAGUCCAGUCUGCUCGCCUACAGCUUAGAGCUUAGUGAGCAGUCAUGUGGGAAGAACAAGGAGCUAUUCGCGCCGUUAGUUCGACAGUAUCUUACAGAGCCGUACGAGUCCAAGUUUUUUGUGAAUGCCAGGCAUGCCAGUAUUAGCAUGCAUGGCGUUGCGCCAUUCAAUCCUCCACCGAUGAAAAGGAAAUCGAACGAAGACGGUCUAAGCUUCCAAUUUUGGACGGACCCGACAUGCGAGUCAAGCGUCAAUGUUCGCCUGACUGUCGAUGCUCUGGGCAGCAUGGGAAAGCUCUACAUGCGCUAUCGGACCGCGUUCGCGGCCUUCCCGCUGCUGGUUGUCGCCUUGGUAGUGCGCAAGCAGUUCCGGGUGUAUGAUAGCCAGGGAAUCUUCAUUCCUUUCAAUGAGAGCUUAGACUUGUGUCUGCGACGGUCUAUCCCCUUGAUCCUCGCGUCCUUGACGCUCCUCUCCCUUUCGAUGGAUACCUCCGGAGCUCAUGGCACAGCAAGCUACUGGCCCUUCAGAAAUGCGACAGUCGGAGUCGACUUUCGGCAAAAUGACCUCCUUGCAGGCACACAAGAUCCCUUCUUCUGGUUCAUGAUACCUUUGAUUGGGAUUGUUUGCGUCGGUGUCUGUGCAGUACUUAAUUACAUGGUGCUGGCUAUCAUAUCGAUACUUAGCACUCUAUACGGUUGGAUGAGUUUCCGCCCAGCGUGGGUUCGCUACGAUGACAGGCGUCGAGCCAUGCCCCAUGGCUUCAUGCCAUCUUCGCCACGGCGACGACUGAUUACGACGGCCAUCCUGCUGUUCUUGGUCACGACCUUUAUACCCUACCAGUUCGCAUAUCUGGUGGCCUGUCUGGUACAACUCAUUACUGCGGUGCGGGCCCACCGUAUCGCCUGUGAAAUGCCAUCCAACGCGAACCGCAGCUUUUACAACUAUGCUCAUGCUAUUUUCACCCUGAUGCUCUGGGUGCUUCCUAUUAAUAUACCCAUCCUAGUCGUCUGGAUACGCAACCUGACGGUACACUGGUUCACACCAUUCUCCUCCCACCACAACGUCAUGUCGAUCAUGCCAUUCAUUGUCCUGGUUGAAACUUUCACAGCGGGCAAGAUGGUUCCGAGGGUUACCAGUCGACUGAGACAUGUCACCAGCGUCCUGAUAUUUGGCGUGGCAGUUUACGCCGCGAUUUAUGGUGUCUCGUACGGCUACAUGAUUCAUCACCUCGUCAACCUCGUCGCAGCCUGGCUCGCUGUGGUACAUUCGACAUCCGACUCGUGGUCCCUCGCGGGAUGGAGCGCUCUAUUCGAGGGCAACCCCGAGACACGAAAGGGAGGCAAGACUCCUUAG